AUGCAGCCUAUACCGCACGAAAAUUUGCUUGCUUGUACCAUGGUUCCGCCGCCGCCUCCACCGCCGCGGAUGAUCUCCGAAGCAUCAAGUGACAGCUGGAGUUCAGACAGCGACCAUGAAGAGAAAGGCAAAUCCCAGGAAGCCAUACAGAUUGGCAUGACCACUGAGACCAAGGACCUCUACCGCGAAGACCCCCGCACCGCCUGGGAAGAGUGGGCUCCAGAAGAUAUUGGCAUCAACUCCAAGUCGACACCAGCUUCGGCCAAGUUCGCCUUGAUUGUGAGGCGUGAGAAAGAAAACGGAGAUACCGAAGAGCCAGUACUCGCCCUGCAUUCCAUUACUGUGCAGAGUCCGCUUCUCAAGAAGCAGUUGGGUCCGGUCUUCGACGGAUACCAUGGCAUCAACACGAAUUUGAAGAAGCUCGAGUUCCGCGCCCCGUUCCGCGAAUUCUUCUACCGAUGGGACAAGUUCAUCUUGGCUGCGCCGGAUCAGGAAGAGGAAGUGGCAGCAAAGCACUACAAACUACUGUUCAAUGUCAUCAGCAAUGAAAUACAGCCACACAUCGACCACGCCGCAGACCUCUUGAAAAAUGGUGUCAUUUCUUUCGACUAUGUGUGGACCCUUUUUGAGCCCGGGUCAGAGAUUUAUGCCAAGGUCGAUGACCAGGAUCGCCUUUUCGUUCUCAAUAGCGGAAACUAUGUGAAGUUCCCCGACGGGCAACAGAUAUACAGUCUUUCGUGUCGCUACAUCGACACCAAUGGCAAAAGCUUCGGUUAUGCGACUACAACGUUGACAAUCUCCGAGUUCCACAACGUAAAGCCCAUUUGUGACCUCGCCAUUCUGCCAAGCCAUCUCCAGGCCGACAUCGCUGGAAUCCGGUCCAGACUAGAGUCAAGAGGCCGCAAAUUCGAGAGUCUCAUCGGAAUGAACUACAAGGCUUACUCUGGCGGUUACAAUCUCCGGAAACCUCCACUCGGUGCAUCUCGCAGGCAGUUUGUUGACGAUGGCAGGGUCAUGAUUGACUGCUCGUCAUUUGAUAGAUACGACAGCCAUGGGCCCAUAACCCUUGCUCCUCUGGACGAUGCUCCAUCAACAAAGCAUACGGAUCUCUCCCAAGCACUUCCGCUGCUUGAUGAAUCUGACUCUGAAGAUGAUAAGAUGCCGCCUAUUGCCCACUUGAUGAGAGGCAUGAUCAUUAAAAACAGAAAGAGAUUGGCUGCGAGUAACAAGGAAAAUCUGGCAUAUUUCUACGUUGACCAGAUACGGGAUAUAAUUUGGAAUCAGGGUGCCUUUGAUCAGCUAGUCCUCCCCCAUGACUACAAGCAGAUUAUACAUGCUUUUGUAGAUGCUCAACUAUCUCACGUUGAUGAUUUUGACGACGUAAUCAAGGGAAAAGGCAAGGGCAUUAUAAUGCUACUAAGUGGCGAGCCUGGAACCGGAAAGACCUUGACUUCGGAAUCAGUUGCCGAGGCCAUGGAGAAACCGCUGUACAGCAUGAGUGCGGGCGAGCUAGGUGAUGAUGCAGACGUCGUGGAACAGAACUUGCACCGUGUGCUUGAGCUGGCCGCAAAAUGGGGAGCCGUUUUGCUCAUCGACGAGUGUGACGUUUUCCUUGAGCAACGCACUACGUCUGACCUCCACCGUAAUAAGCUCGUUUCCGUCUUCCUCCGGUUGCUUGAGUACUACCAGGGCGUCAUGUUCCUCACAACGAACAGAGUGGCGGCGUUUGACCCGGCAUUCGAGUCGCGUAUCCAUCUAACGAUUCACUACCCCCAACUAGACCGCAGCAGUCGGCUGCAUAUAUGGCGAACCUUUGUCCACCCCGAUUCUGCGGGCAAGACCAGUGCCGUCCAGGAGGCCGAUCUGAGUGAACUGGCCGAGAAUGAGCUCAAUGGCCGGCAGAUCAAGAACGUGGUAAAGACGGCGAGAUUGCUCGCCUCCAAGGCCAAGGCGCCGCUUUCCAUGGACCAUAUCUCAAUGGUGCUGAGGGUGAAAAGGGGAGGUCCCGCCGGGUUCCAAACAGACCUGACGAAUAGAGUAUCGAAAGAUGCAAAUGGCUCCUAG